GUGUCUAUUCUGGGCCCUGAGAACAGAAGUUUAGUCCAAUUCAAAAAUACUCGGUUAGUCAUCAGGGGCUGGCUGGUAAGCAGGUCACGUGCUAGAAACACUAAAAGCAAACUACUCUCUGGCAAGGUUUCUGCCGAGUGUUUCUGGAAAAUCGUGGGUAUUUUCCAAUUCAUUUAUUGAGACUGUGAUUCAUUUUCGCAGCUUAUAACAUCUUCAUGAGGUGUUCUUUGCCAGAGAGGGAAUGGCAUCUGCACCGUGCAGACUCCGGAGACACACCAGGGAGACUUCAGAAGACGUCGCAGCAAUGCCACCUGUCUUCCAAGACAACGAGGUGCGGAUUGUCAUCAUUGGCAAGACUGGCAAUGGAAAAAGUUCUGCAGCCAACACCAUCUUAGGGCAGGAGCUCUGCAGACAGUCACGUGGUAUGAGCUCGGGUACCGACAGGUGUGACUGGCACGAGACGUUCCGCCGCGGCCUCCGCAUCCAGGUGACUGACACGCCAGGUGUGUGCGACACUCACAGAAGCAGGGCGGAGGUUCAGCGCGAGAUCGUCAAGUGCAUCGCCACCGUGACCCCGGGACCUCACGCGGUCAUCAUGGCUCUUCGUUGCGACCAGCGCUUCACGGACGAGGAGUACACGGCCUACCAGGAGCUCAAGAACCUCUUCGGCAAGCAGCUGACCAAGUACAUGAUCCUCAUCUUCAACGGCGUUGACGAGCUGAGGAGCGAGGGCAGAACCCUGGAGAUGGAGCUGAGGAACAUCCCUCCCAAGCUACGCCAGGUGCUUGAUGAGGCUGAAGGGAGGUAUGUCGGGUUCAGCAACAACAGCAGUUGGAGGGACAGGACCAGACAGGGGGACUUCCUCAUCGACACCGUGGCUAGCAUCGUCAAAGCCAAUGGUGGACGGUGCUUUUCCAACGAACUCGUUCAAAAGUUUGAAGCGAAGAUGAAAGAAGAGAUUGAAAACAUUGGGUGCCCAAGGUCCGAGAUCAAGCAGAAAAUUGUGGAAGAUAAAAACAGCACUUUUUGUGGAAAACUCUUGCAUAUUCUAUCGUUUGGACUCAUUCCUAAACAUGUUUGUGCUGUGAUGUAACAAAUCCUUAACUCAAAAGUCUUUUCUUUGCGUGUGACUGGAUUUGAUGUUUAAAACCUUGUGUCGCACAUCAAGAAAACAAAAUAGGCUUCAAUAAAUUAUGAUUUUCUUACAA